AUGGAUCGGGACCAGGAUCGGGACCAGGAGCGGAACCGGGAGUCGGAUAAGGACCGGAGCCUGGAUCUGGACCGGAACCGGGACGCGGAUAAGGACCGGAACCCGGACCUGGACCGGAACCGGGACCGGGAGCCGCCGCCGCCGCCCCGCUGGGGCAUCUGCUCGGCCGGGGCCAUCAGCCACGACUUCGUGCUGGCCCUGCAGACCCUGCCCGCCGAGGAGCACACGGUGGCGGCGGUGGCCGCGCGGGAUUUGGGGCGCGCCCGCUUCGCGCAGCGUUUUGGGGUGCCCCGGGCCUACGGAUCCUACGAGGAGCUGGCCCAGGACCCCGGCGUGGACGUGGUGUACGUGGGGGUGGUGAACCCCUCUCACCUGCCCGCGGGGCUGCUCUUCCUGCGCCGGGGCCGCGCGGUGCUGAUGGAGAAGCCGAUGGCGCUCAGCGCCCGCCAGGUGGCGCAGCUGGCGGGGACGGCCAGGGACAAAGGCGUGUUCCUGAUGGAGGGUUUCUGGACCCGUUUUUUCCCCGCCUGGCGCCGCCUGCUCUCCCUGGCCCGGGGGGGCUGCCUGGGGUCGCCCCUGGUGCUGCGGGGGGGACUCGGGUUCGACCUGAGGGGGGUCCCGAGGCUCCGAGACCCCGGCCUGGGCGGGGGGGCCCUGCUGGACCUGGGGGGCUACGGGGUCCAAAUGGCCCUGGCCAUGCUGGGGGGGGCAGAGGGGCAGCCCCCUCCCCAAAUUAGAGCCCACGGCGUGCUGCACCCCACCGGCGUGGACGAGUCGGUGUCGCUGUCGCUCUCGUUCCCCGGGCGGGGCCUGGCCUCGCUCGUUUUCUCCAUGGCCGCGGAGCUGCCGGGGGGGGGCGCGCUGGGGGGGCCGCGCGGCUGGGCCGAGCUCCCGACCCACAUGAACUGCCCCACGGAGCUGCUCUGGGGCGGGCGCCGGGAGCAUUUCCCGCUGCCCCCCACGGCCGAGCCCCCCAACUUCCCCCACAGCGCGGGGCUGCGCUACGAGGCCCAGCACGUGCGGGAGUGCCUGCUGCAGGGGCUGACCCAGAGCCCCGAGAUGCCGCUGGCCGAGAGCGAGGCCAUCGCGCGGCUGCUGGACCAGGCCCGGCAGCAGCUGGGGGAGAAAGCGGCCGCAGCCGCCCCGAGUGACCAAAGAGUGACCAGGGACCCUCUGGAGUGA